AUGGACCAGUUUUUGGACCUGGACGCGAUCAACGCUGCCAUGGGCGCGGGCGCGAUUUCGAUCGUCGGCAGCAACGGCGGCGGUGGUGCUGGUGGUGCGGGUGGUGCUGGUGGUGCGACCUCGACGAGUCAUCUCGUCGGCGCGUUCGAUGACCAGUUCAACGACAUGUUCCAACAGUGAGUCGUGUCUGCAACGUUCCUAUGGCUUCAUGGCAGAUGAGGGGUCGCAUUACUACGAGACUCGGUGUCUCCUGACUGGGUGGCUCGGUCCGUGGGCUCGCUCGCGGCCGCCGUUUCCCUUUCUGCGGCGAUCGGGCAUGCUCCUCGUUCGCUCCCAGCGAGGCCGCGCAGGUGUAUCAUGUCACCACUCUGGUUCAUUGACCGAGUGGCUGCGACCCAUCGAGCUUGACCAACGCAUUGCACCUUCACCGAGUGCUGCGAUCGCCAGCUCCUUUGUGAACGCCGAACCACGAUCGAUGUUCGGUCGCGUUCGAUACGCCACCACCCGCUUCGCGCCAUAUCGCGCGAUAUUGGAGCACCGCGCUAUUUGCAAGACGGACGUCGCCGCGCACGGGCCUCGCCAGUUGCGAGGCCCGUGUGUCGUCGUUAGCCUUGGUCUUUUAUUCGAGACAUUGGGUGUGCUCAGGCUGGCUGGCUCAGAAUGUCAUGCUUUGCACGUCGCCAUGGUUCUAGACUGCGACUGCGGGAUCAUAGACUUGGCCCGAUCGCCGAGUCGUCGUCAACGUGUCACCCCAUAGCAGAGGACCUUUCUGCCUCUGAAACAUCACAGCUGACAAUACUUCCCGCUCGUAGAUUCUUGGCACCCGAGUUGACCAAAUCAGCCCCCAUGGCCGCAACCCCGAUCGCCUCCACCUCCGAGCUUCCCUUCGCCGCAGCUUCGGCCGACGCCCUGUCCUUCUCGAACGAUACCCUCGACCCUAGGACGUACCUCCCCACCUUGCCUGGAUCCCCAAUCGGUGCCUUCUCGCCCUCGUCGGACAACUCGGGUGCUCGAUUUAACAGUCUCAGCCCCUUGAGCUUCUCCGACCUCGAUGGGCCCGCCGACUCGGGCGCAUGGGCGCUCGACCCUGCCAUGUUCGGCGGCGAACCCGUAACCGACAUGAUGCCGUCCCAAGAGGCCCCUGCUUCGCUCUUUGGCGAUCUGCCCGCUCUGCCCGACCUCCAAGUCGAAGCGAGCUCGGAGUCCAUCAAGGCCGAGUCCGUUACCGCCUCGUCGAUCACCGUCACUCCGCCCGCUUCAUCGGCCCGUGCUUCUCGUGCGAGCGCACAGCAGGCCAAGCGUCAACUCUCGGAGGCGCUCAGAGAAGAAGAGAAAGAGGAAGAAGAACAAGAGGACGAUGAAGAGGACGAGGACGAUGCCGAGGAUGAUGACGAGGACAUGGAUUCGGACCACUACGAGGCACCACGCAGUACUCGAGCGAGCAAGAAGGCGCGCACCAUCUCGUCCAACAGCAAGGGCCGUUCCGGCUCGAAAGCUCCUCGAUCGGUCGCCGUCUUUGCCACCAAGGAGCUCCACCACACCAACACGCGCAGCAACUUGCCGCCCGUGCCCGAGUGGACCGACAAGCCCGAUCCCGACACGUACAAGAAGCUGUCGUCCAAGGAGAAGCGCCAGCUGCGCAAUAAGAUCUCGGCGCGCAACUUCCGCCACCGCAGAAAGGAGCAGCUUACCACGCUCGAAGACGAGAUUUCGUCGCGCGACAACAUCAUCUCGCAACUUCAGGAAGAGGUCGGUACCAUGCGCACGGAGAACUCGACCCUGCGCAGCGAAGUGUCGAUGCUCAAGGCCAAGUGGGACGAGAUGAUGGAGAAGAUGACGGCGUUCCAAGCCCCUCAAUCGGCUACGGCGGUGUCGACUGCUACGACUGGUCUGGGCGUUCGACCAUGUCUGGUCGUUGCUUCUCCCACGGCGGCGUCUUCGCCCUCGGACAAGACCACCGACGACGACCUCUGGGCUCUCGACAGCCCUCGAAGCACACCUUCCCCGCUCCCCGCCGUGGCUUCUGGUUCCCGUCGUGGCACUCGGGCUUCGAACGGCAUUACCAAGCCAAAUUUGUCCAAGGAUGUGGCCCCCAACAUGGGCGGUCGUCGCUCGACCGGCAGCUGGGCGACGCAGGGUUUCGGUGGUGGCUUCACCUCUGUCCACACCACUCUCCUCCCCGAUCCCGCCGCCUUGCUCAACGCCAAGUCGUCGCUCGCCAACUACCCGCAACAAAACUUCAACCCUGCUCUUAACAACAUCUCGGCCUCGUCGUUGGCUCAGUGUACGCAGCACCUCCGCGAGGGAUCGCUGGCUUCGGGCCAGCAGCAGGCUCCGGCUCCUAGGAGCACAUUUGAGGACUUCUUCGGGUCCAACCCAUACUGGCUCCGACCCGAUCAAGUCGAGGAGUACCGUGGUCAACUCUAUGGCAAGAUCGCCAAUAACACUGCUGGUCUGAUCGCCGCCCAAAAGCUCGGGUCGUCGCAACCGACGUCAGGCUCACACCUCCACAUGCCCAAUGGUUUCCGACCUGCCUUCUUCACCUCCCCUUCUUCGGCUCGUUUCGCCGCCCCUUCGAUCAACGGCGGCAAAGAGCCCCGCGACGUUGGCCCGUCUUCGGAUCUGCUCGAGUUCCAAUCGCCUCGCGCCGCUUUGGCUCAACAACAAGCCACGGCUCUCGUCGCGACGUUGGCGACGCAGACCUUGUUCUCCAAGAUGGCCUCGGCUUUCGUCGACGCCUUCAACGGCUCCGAUGGUGGCAAGACCAUGGACGCCAACAAGGUUGCCGACGUCCUCGCCGGUCGGUCCAAGGUCCAGCUCGUGCCUCAGCAAUCGCAACAGGCCGUCGUACCGACCCCUAGCAUCGAGUCCUUGGGUCUGUCCUUGAGUUCGCUCGACCUUUCGAAUGACGCGAGGUCCCCUUCACCUCGACCGCAUUGCUCGUUCAACAGCAUGACCAAGAAGUGGUGCAACUAG